UGCGACUUCACUACCACAUCUUCAUCACCCAGCGACCAGGACAAAUACCGCCAACAUGACCAAGGGUACCAGCUCGUUCGGAAAGCGCCACAACAAGUCGCACGUUCUGUGCAGACGUUGCGGCCGCCGCUCCAUGCACGUUCAGAAGCACACUUGCUCCAACUGCGGAUACCCAAGCGCCAGCGUCCGAAAGUACAACUGGGGUGAGAAGGCCAAGCGAAGAAAGACCACCGGUUCUGGUCGCACGCGCUCGCUCAAGCUCAUCUCCCGCAAGUUCAAGAACGGCUUCCAGAGUGGUGCACCAAAGGGCGCCCGCGGACCAACUGCCACCUCCUCAUAAACGAUGUCAAGAUGCAUGGGAGAUGACGGGUAGAGCGCGAAGCUGGGUUGCUCGGAGUUCAGGCGGAUCGGACUUUGUUUGAAGAGGUCGGAUUGCAGCUCGAAAAGACUUGUGGCGGACAGACGACCAUGAGAGCAGGCGCUCGGAGACAGGGCCAGCAGCCUCUGCGACAAUACGUGCGCCAACAGUAGUCUAUGGACAGGCUAAAAUAGCUGAAGUGAACGAAUAUGAUCUCUCUGCACCCAGACC